AUGGCCGGUCAACCGCGUGCACCGCAGAGACAACACGCGCCGAAUGCGAGCGGCAAAACCCCCUCAUCGCGACCGCAAACGCGACCUCAUGACAGUCGAUCUCACGCCAGCAACAACACCCGACCACCACACCCACAACACAACAAUACACUGGCGACAGACGAUGAAGAUGACUUCGCGGACGACGGAGACGGACGGCCGGCGAAGAAGAGGAAAUUGUCGCUGCGAUAUAGACAGACGACACUCGAUCAAUGGCACAACCAAUCAGAUGGCGUUGCGAAGCCACCGAAUGCCGUGACCGCCAUCGCGCCUCACGGCCAGCUGGUGGAGACGGUGAAUGGGGUGACGACUGCACUCGAUGCCACGCUUGACGAUGCCGUCGAGGUCCAGGCAGCGGCGAGGAAUGUCACGCCCGUGCCGAACAGAUCACCACCUGCUGCUGCUGCUGCUGCUACCACGGCGAAACCUGCAUCAGACAAUAAAGAGCUGAGGAAGAAAGAGGAUCGGCGGAGUCUGCGCUCGCACGAUGAUGGACCACGAUUGAAGAGCGAGCUGGCCGUGUACUUUCCGAACUAUGAGGAUGUGGUGUUUGACGUGCAGAAGGAGCCGGAGUUCAUUACGACGAAUACGGUGCUGUAUGUCACGGACGAUACACCCAAGCAACAGCAGUCCGCCAGCCCAUCGAAAGGCAAAGCUACUGCUUCGCAUAAUUCCAACGGCACAGUGAACGGAAGCACGCCAGCCACACCACGCCGCACUACGACGAGCCAGUACAACGGCUGUUCGCCCAUAGACCUGGACAUGCUAGCCCGCAACAUCCCACCCCAUCCCACCGAUCCGCUGGACGACGCAUACUACCUCAAAUCCCACACCCGAGCCGAGCGACGAGAGAAGCAGCUGCGCAAUAUCGAGAAAGAACGAGCGAUGCAUGAGAAGGUCCAGCUCGAGCGUCUGCUCGAAGGACUUCUCGGCCACGACUGGCUGAAAGUGCUAGGGAUAACAGGCAUCACGGACGGCGAAGCGAAAAAGUACGAGCCGAAGCGCGAGUACUUCGUUGCCGAGGUGCGGGCGUUAGUGGACAAGUUCAAGCAGUGGAAGGAUUUGGAGAAGAAGCAGAGGUUGGAGAGGGAGGCGGCGGCGAGGGAAGCUGAGGAGGAGGAGAGCAGUGAGGAGGAAGGUGAAGAGAGUGAGGAGGAGGAGGAGGAGCCGCCGAGCAGCGAGAAGAAUGCCAGUGCUGCAAGGCAACUACAGCAAGAAACAAACCAUGCCGUUCAACGCUCAGGCUUCAAAAUCAAACUCGGCAAAAGACCCAGUCAACCUUCAACUCCAACCCACACAAGCCACAGCUCCUCCAUGCCGCCUCCCCCUCCUCCUCAACUACCGAGCUAUAUACCCUACAUCCCACCAGAGCCUAUAACAAGUUUCUACAUCAAACGCCAUCUCCGCGACGCCGCGCUGAAUAAAUCUCGACAGCGGCAUGCGGGGAGGAAUGUCACGGCUUUUGGUUUGCCGGUCCCCGAGGUGCAAGAGGGGUGGUUUGAGUUGCCCGGAGAGUAUGUCACGGAGGAUGCUUUGAGGGCGAGGGCGAGGGAGAGGCGGGCGAGGAAGAGGGGGAGUUUGGUUGAUGGCGUGGCUUCGGGGGGUGAGAUGCAGCUCUUCGAUGCUUGCUUGUAG